CUGACUGGCCCACAGCUCUGACCUUCCUGUCCUAGAUGAGGAUUUGUCUUUCUCUGCCACAAGAGCGUGGGUGGCAACCAGACAGGGAUCACAGACGUCACCCUCCUGGGAUUCCAGUUUAGUCCAGCACUGGAGAUUCUCCUCUGUGGACUUUUCUCUGUCUUGUACACACUCACCCUGCUGGGGAAUGGGCUCAUCUUUGGGAUUAUCUGCCUGGACUCUAAGCUUCACACCCCUAUGUACUUCUUCCUCUCACAUCUUGCCAUUGUUGACAUGUCCUAUGCUUCCAGCAAUGUUCCCAAGAUGCUGAUGAAUCUUGUGAACAAGAAAGGAGCCAUCUCCUUUGUGUCAUGUAUAAUGCAGACAUUCUUGUAUUUGGCUUUUGCUCACAUAGAGUGUCUGAUUUUGAUAGUGAUGUCCUAUGAUCGCUAUGUGGCCAUCUCCCGCCCCCUACGUUACCAUGUCCUCAUGAGCUGGAGAGUGUGCUCUGUCCUGGCUGUGGCUUCCUGGGUGUUCAGCUUUUUCCUGGCUCUAGGCCAUUUAAUUCUCAUGCUGAGGCUGCCCUUCUGUGGGCCUCAUGAGAUCAACCACUUCUUCUGUGAAAUCCUGUCUGUUCUCAAGCUGGCUUGUGCCGACACUAGGCUCAACCAGGUGGUCAUCUUUGCAGCCUGUGUUUUCAUCCUGGUGGGGCCGCUGUGCCUGGUGCUGGUCUCCUACUGGCGCAUCCUGGCAGCCAUUCUGAGGAUCCAGUCCGGGGAGGGCCGCAGAAAGGCCUUCUCCACCUGCUUCUCCCACCUCUGCGUGGUGGGGCUCUUCUUUGGCAGUGCCAUCGUCAUGUACAUGGCCCCCAAGUCCCCCCAUCCUGAGGCACAGCAGAAAGUUCUUUCCCUGUUUUACAGUCUUUUCAACCUGAUGCUGAACCCCCUAAUCUACAGCCUGAGGAAUGCAGAGGUCAAGGGCGCCCUGAGGAGGGCACUGAGGAAAGACAAGCUUAUGUGAGACAUUUCAAAGGGAACC